GCCUUGGGCCAGCUGUGAUGAAAACCCAGAAUGAGGUUCUACCCAAACUCACGUUCUUUUUGUAAUAAAUUGGGUAGCAAGUUUUUAUCGUUUGGUUUAAAUUGAAAUUUUAACUGAUUCGAUGCAAAGCAAUCCGGCAUGCUAUCCGAACAGGACAAAGCCAAUUUGAGGGACCUGCUGGUCCGUCUGCCCUUGUCCGAUCUCCUAGACUUGGCAAAGACGUCUUCAAAUGGAUUGCUUAACGUGGAAACAAAAACCGAAGCACUUGAAAUCAUUCUUCAGCAUCAAGAAUCAUUGUGGCAUUUUCUUACAAAGAAGCGAAUAACCAAAGGCAUUCUUUUCCAAUAUCUUAGUGACAAGGGUGUAAGAUUACCUACAGGCAUUGACAAGUCAUCAAUAAUGCAAAGGAUUAUUGAUUUCUGGGCAGUUACUCCACAAUCUUUGGAACCUGAAAAGAAAAUGACUGUAACCAAUACUGUGGAAAUCAGGACCUCUCUUGAUGACCCAGCUAUGCUUAACACUUUUUCAUUAGAGUUUGCAAAAUGGUUUUACAGUAAAAUAAAUGAACUAGUCAUUAAAAAAGGAGGGGAAACCUUGGAUAAAACUGAUUUCUGGAAAGAAUCGACAGCCUCAGUAAAAAUUAUAGCAUCUGAAAUUACGACAGAUGAAGCCCAAGGUACCGAAGGGAUAAUAAACAUGAUAUGGGAACUCCAAAACAGCCAUAAGCUGCUCUUUUUACCCAAUUUAGACCAGUCCGGCAUAAAGGCCAAAAUAGAUCCACAUGGACUUCUUGCCAUAUUAACAUGUGGCACUCUACACAAAGAAUCAGGGGAAGUUGUGGGUGUUUUUGAACAGAUGUUUCUUUUGGCCAGAGAUCCCAACAGAUCUGACACCUGGAAGAUAAAAAAGACUGAAAUGACAUUGAGAAGUGGGUCUCAAAUCAAUACCCAAGAAGAAUUGCCUAUCUAGUCGUUCCUUAAAGCCAAUGUGAUAACAUUAUACAAAAAAGAAAAUAUACAUUUUCUCUUUUAACAUA